AUGGUUGCCUUCGGGAAGAAGUUAAGGGAAUCACAAAUUCAAGAGUGGCAAGGAUACUAUCUUGACUACAAGUUAAUGAAGAAGAAGCUCAAUCGAUAUACACAACAAAUUGAAGUUGGAACACAAAAUCGCCACCUUGUUCUUAAGGACUUCUCAAUAUUGCUAGAUAGUGAGAUUGAAAAGAUGGUCAUGUUUCUGCUGCAACAACAAGGAGUUCUUGCAAGCAAGUUAUUGAAUCUUGGAGAACAGUAUGAUUCUGUCUUACAGCAGGUAGAUGGAGCAAAAAUACCUGAACUACAAGAAGCAUAUAGAUCAGUUGGACGAGAUCUUUUAAGAAUCCUCUCUUUUGUUGAGAUGAAUGCUAUCGGUCUGCGUAAGAUAUUGAAGAAGUUUGACAAGCGGUUUGGUUAUAGAUUUACUGACUACUACGUCAAAACUCGUGCAAAUCAUCCUUAUUCCCAGUUACGCCAAGUUUGCAAGCAAGUGGGUGUUGGGGCCGUUGUUGGAGCCAUAUCUCGAAACCUGGCGGACCUUCAAGAUUUUCAACAACAUUGUGGGAACUACAUAUCAAUUUAUGAUCAGCCUGCCUUUUCCCACCCGGAUCCCGUCCUUGAUUCUAUCAGGGCAGCAGUAAACAGGUUAUCAAACUCAACAAGUUUCCUUCAUUAUUUGGGAAAACAUGCACUUCUUAUGGGGAUGAUUUACAAAGCCCAUCUGGGGAUCAUGCUGAUGACGGAAGAUAUCAUUUCAUGUCACUCCUCUUGA